UUGCCUCCCCUGACUUGCAGCGUGGUGGGCAUCAGAGCACCUCCGUGUUCUGUCAACUGAACCGCUUUACCCUCGACCGCUGCCUGGUAUCUGGUCUUGGUGGAGAUAACCCCACGGGGAAGUUCAUCUGAGCGCCCAGACAGACCCUGCGGGAUCGCCGCCGAGGCCACCACCACCGCCCGAUAUGGAUCAACAUCAUCACAGAGAACCCAAGGCAGAUGCGGAAGCGCAUUCGCCCACACGUAACUCAACGGAGAUAGACGGUGACGAUCGAUCAGAUAUCUCGUUGGCCGACGGAAAAGAGGCACGCCACUUGAUCUGGAAGAUAGACAUCCACAUCAUCCCCUUCGUUGUUCUACUGUAUUUGUUCAGUUUUUUGGACAGAGUCAACAUUGGAAAUGCUCGCUUGUAUGGCAUGGAAGAAGAUUUGGGCCUCGUGGGCAAUCAAUACCAGGUUGCAGUAUCGAUUCUGUUCGUUACCUAUUGUCUGUUCGAAGUCCCUUCCAACCUAGUGAUCAAGAAGCUCAGGCCAUCGCGGUACAUCGCCUCAAUCUCGAUCAUCUGGGGCAUUCUAGCUACCUUGACAGGGAUCACGCAAAGUUAUGGCGGGUUGCUUGCGUGCCGUGUUCUUCUAGGUGUCGUGGAGGCUGGGCUCUUUCCCGGCUUGAUGACAUAUCUCACCCUGUUCUACAGCAAACGCGAAAUCGCACUCCGGACAGGAUAUCUGUUCAGCAGCGCCGCGGCCGCUGGUGCCUUUGGAGGUCUUCUUGCGUACGGCAUUGGCUUUAUGGAUGGCGUCGCGGGGCUACGGGGCUGGCGAUGGAUCAUGAUCAUUGAGGGGAUGCCCACCGUCGUACUGGGCGUCUUAACCUGGUUCUUCCUCGCUGAUGAGCCCGACACCGCUUACUAUCUCAACGAGGACGAAAAAGCCAUGAUUGUCCGUCUGCGCCGUCGCCAUGUCGGCCAGACCCCGUCAGCUCAGAAGUUCCACUGGGCGGACGUGAAAGAGGGUGCGCUGGACUGGAGGAUUUACGCAUUCUGCAUUGCCCAAUUCGGAGUCGACACGAUGCUUUACGGCUACAGCACUUUUCUUCCCACGAUCAUCAAGGGAAUGGGAGAGUGGUCCACUGCUGAAGUCCAGGCACUGACUAUUCCGUGCUAUGCGUUGGGGGCAAUUGUGUAUCUGAUUGUCGCUUGGCUUAGUGAUCGAACCCAGCGGCGUGCGAUCUUCGUCUGUAUCUUCGCUGUGAUCUCCGUGGUCGGCUACGGAAUCUUGAUCUCCGACUCAUCUUCCGGGGUGCAUUACUUCGGUGCGCUGUUUAUUGCCUUGGGACUCUAUGUCACUGUGGGACUGCCGCUUGCGUGGCUACCGACGACGCUGCCUCGAUACGGGAAGCGAACCUUCGCGACUGGCCUGCAGCUGACGUUUGGCAAUAUUAGCGGCGUCAUGUCUCCUUUUCUCUAUAAGACGGAGGAAGCACCGCGGUAUGUUCGGGGGAAUGCCGUGACGCUCGCUCUGGUGGGCUUUGCCGGGGUGGUCUAUGGACUCAUGUGGUGGUAUUACCACUACAAGAACAAGCGGAGGCAGCAGGGUCUGGAAGAUGACAGGGUUGCGGGCAUGACCGAUGAAGCCAUCGAAGAGCUGGGUGAUAGGAGUCCUCGGUUUGUUUAUAGUAUCUAAAGGGUCGUGAGAAACA